UCAAAAUGGUUGCGGUCACAUUUAGAAGAACAAGCGCCAUCGAUAUUCUCUAAAAGUUACACUUUCUCUGAAAAUGAUAAGCAAACCAAGUUCAAAAAUUAUGUCAAGCAUAAAUCUCAGAAAGAAGUAAUAUGCGUUGAUAUUGAUCCAACACAUCAGGAGAUUGAUAUUGAUGAAUUGAAACGCCAGUUUAUGCACGCUGUACUUGAAUGGAUUGAUGAGGAAAAUGAG